AUUUAUUUUAAUACUGGGUUUAAGUCAUUCGACAUCACUAGAUGGAACUCGAGCAAGUCUGAAUGGUAUGAAUGGGUUGAAAGAAGCAGAAAGAAGAUGACGAGGUCAGUUAUGAGCAAGAAAGCUAUGGAAUGGAUAUGUUUCUGCCUGAGAGAGGCUUCAAAGGAGCACAAAAAGGAGACGAGAAGAUGGAAACUAGCAGAUAGAGAGGCAGAGCUUUUAUGUACUAAGAAGCAAAAUGAAUAUGGGAAAUUUAUGAGCGUGAUAACCUUAAAUAGUGGUGGAAGGUCGGGCUUAAUCAUACCGUAACUUGCAUUAAAUGCAGGGUGGGUGGAUAUUGCAUUAAAGAUUGAGAGAUUCAUUAAAUGUCAGCAAAGAGAGAAGGAACAUUCUUUCUCAAGGGUGACGGAGGAAGAAUACUCUUAUGCUGAGGCUGUCCAACAGAGUAAAUGGGGGAGCAGUAAUUUAAGAAGAGCCGAGAUGAACACCAAGAAAGGAAGCAUUCUGAUUACUAAGCCAGUAAAUAUUAAGGAGGAAGAUCUCCUCAAGAGAUGUCUUAUAGGAUAUUGCACUGCAGGAAAGAAGGAGAAACCAACUCUGGCGGAUAUCAGGAGCUGGUCCUCAACAAACUGGAAAAAGGUCUUUGGAGUCAACAUAUAUGAAUUGAACAGCGAAAUGUUCCUUUUCGAAUUCCCCAAUAGAUACAUGGCGGAAUUGAUCAUCCAAGGCCAAUGGAGGUGGAAGAGUAGCAUAUUUCAUCUAGAUUGGUGGAGUCCAACAACAGGUUGCACUCCUAGCCCCUCAACUGUGCGUGAAACUUGGAUUAGAGUAGUGGGGAUUCCAUUGCAUUUGUGGUCUAGGAAGGUCUUCCAAGAAAUUGGGGAUCUGUGUGGAGGUUGGAUUGAGACAGAAGAAGAAACUGAGCUAAAAAACCACCUGAAGUGGGCAAGGAUUCUGGUGAAAAACAACGGGAGAAACCUUCCGAAAGAGGUCUCUGUCGCUUGUGAUGGAAUUACAUAUUUUUUUCCAAUUUGGGCAGAAAGCAAACCCAGAUUCGAAAUAAGGUCGGAAAGUGGAGGCAUAGUCGCCGGGGAAGAUGAGGUCUUUUGCCCAGGGAAUAGAUUUACCCAGAGGUCUGAUGGCGUAAAUAUCUGCGACAUAGUACCAAAAUCCCAUCCUUUUAGGGAUUUUAGUACGUCGAAGCACGUGGGCUGUACUUCGACAGCUGGAAAGACAAUGGGGAAUGGAGCACGUGAGAGGCAUGUGAGUUUUUUAAAUGAGAGGGCUGAACUGGGCCCAUCAGGAAAGCCCAAGAAGAAUAACAAUUCUAAAUGGCCCAGUGGCCCUGAUUUUGCAGCACAUGUCAUUUUUAAUGAUUUACAAGGGACAAAGAUCGGCUACACAGAAACCCAUAAAUUGGCUGGUAACAUAACAACCUUGCACGUGUCCAAUUCAGGCGAAGGAAAGCAGAACAUGAACACAAAAGUCGUGACAGAGCUGCUGGAGGAAGAAAUCAGGGGAGAUUUGAUGAUAACAGGAGAGGAAGAACCUAACUCCAUAGAUAGGGGAGAUGAUAGAGAAAUUACAAAAUCAGGGGAGACUGGGAUAGCAAUACAGAGCUCAAACACAGAAAUAGUUAAUUGGGAGGUGGAGGAACCUGUACCAAUUAUGGUGCAACAACAACAAAGGGCACAAGAUGUAGAUAAAGCGAAUUCAACAUGGGUACAACAGAACUUGAUAAAACUGGGGAAAAUCUUUGGGAUCGAUUUCCAAGGGCAUGAAGAGGAGGCAACAGAGUUACUGCUACAAAUAGACAGUUGCAGACAAGCCAGGAGAAUGGAGCAGGAUACAGAAGUUAAGAAACUCAAGAUCAAGGGUGCACAAGAACUUAAAAGUCUUUUAGCCUUUGAUGUAAAAUUUUAA